GCUGUGGAGUGAAAUGAACCAGAUUCGGGGAUAAAUAACGCGCGCGCAAUUCCGCACGGACUGUAUGCGCUUUAAGAGGACACAACAGACCUACAUCUAUUUUGCAACUGACUUAAAAGACUACCAGUACCAGUUAUUCUUUAGGAGCAUGUUUGGGAAGCUGUGAGCUUCUAAAUGAUUAUGGUUGGUGGUUUUUGAAUGGGCUCGGAUGGGAUGCACAGUGAGUUUCAUUUGCUGCGAAGAGGAUUUUCUGCAGAUGCCUUUGGAUCAGCAUGAAGAGAAAAAAAAAGAGGAAAAGAGGCUUGUAGCAAAGCCAGAGGAUUUUGAGGCCGUUCACUCCCACACAUUCCGGGUGAAGACUUUUAAGAAGAACAAGCACUGUGGCGUGUGCAAGCAGACACUCAACAAGGAGGGACUCAUCUGUAGAGUGUGCCGGUUGGCUUGCCACAAGAAAUGUGAAGUUAAGGUUUCAUCCUCCUGUGUUCCCACUGCUAACUAUGAACUGGCUCCCAGCAAUGACAUCCCACUAAAACAUCUGGAGACAAUGGGCUCGACUAAAUCCUCCAAGAGCAUGGAAUCACGCCGGAGACCAUCCAGCCGGAGCGUGAGUCUGAUCCAGGCGAUGGAGGAGAACUAUGAGGUGGACCUGGUGUACAUCACAGAGAGAAUCAUAUCUGUGUCUUUUCCAAGCAGCGUGGAGGAACAGAGCUACAGUGCCAACCUCAAAGAAGUGGCCAGCAUGCUCCGCUCUAAACACGGAGACAACUACUUGCUUUUUAACCUGAGUGAAAAACGAUAUGAUAUCUCCAAACUUCACCCCAAAGUGCUAGAUUUUGGCUGGCCCGAUCAUCACGCUCCAGCUUUGGAUAAGAUCUGCAGCGUAUGUAAAGCCAUGGACACGUGGAUGAGUGCCGACAGCCAUAAUGUUGUGGUUCUGCACAACAAGGGGAAUCGUGGGAGAACAGGGGUAGUUGUGGCCGCAUAUAUGCAUUACAGCAACAUUUCUGCAAGUGCAGACCAAGCUCUGGACAGGUUUGCCAUGAAGAGGUUUUAUGAAGAUAAAGUACUUCCUGUCGGUCAACCUUCUCAGAAAAGAUAUGUGCAGUAUUUCAGUGGGCUGCUCUCCGGACACAUUAAGAUCAACAACAAGCCUCUGUUCCUGCAUCAUGUCAUCAUGCAUGGCAUCCCCAACUUUGAGUCUAAAGGAGGUUGCCGCCCUUUCCUCAAGAUCUACCAGGCCAUGCAGCCAGUCUACACAUCAGGGAUCUAUAAUGUCCAAGGUGACAGUCAAACGAGCAUCUGCAUAACUAUUGAACCUGGUUUGCUGCUGAAAGGAGAUAUCCUGCUUAAAUGUUAUCACAAGCGCUUCCGUGGCCCUUCCAGAGACGUCAUUUUCAGAGUGCAGUUUCAUACCUGUGCUGUCCAUGACCUAGGCCUGGUCUUUGGCAAGGAUGAGCUGGAUGAGACAUUUAAAGACGACAGAUUUCCUGAAUAUGGAAAAGUAGAGUUUGUCUUCUCUUUUGGGCCAGAGAAAAUUCAAGGAAUGGACCAUCUGGAGAAUGGGCCCAGUGUUUCUGUUGACUACAAUACCCAGGAUCCUCUGAUUCGCUGGGAUUCCUAUGAAAACUUUAAUCAGCGAUAUGAAGACUCAAUGGAAGACGUCAUUCACAUGCAAGGUCCUUUGGAUGGUAGCCUCUACGCGAAAGUCCGUAAAAAAGAGUCUGUUGAUGCUACAGCUAACGGCCUUCCCACAGCAGUCGAGCACGCUGUUGAACACACUUCUGCCCCAGUGGACCACGCUUUGUCUGUUAGCAGUGACUCUGGAAACUCAACUGCCUCCAUUAAGACUGAUCGCACUGAUGAAACUGCCCAGCAGGCAGUGCCGGUGAUCCAGCAGCCCAGUCAGCCCCUCAGUCCUGAGGAGAAGCAAGAACUGGAACAACUGCUCAGUGGCCUAGAGGCUCCCAUGCACAGGCACGGUUACCAAAAUAACCAUGGGGGAGGAGGUGGUGGAGGAGGUGGAGGAGGAGGUGGUGGUAUCCUUCACCUGGUUCCAGCUCAGGUCCAUGUAAAUGGACACAACAGCAUAGACAGAGAGACAGAUAUCCUGGAUGAUGACCUGCCCAACAGCCAAGAAGGGAACAGUGUGGACAGCCUGGGGACUCUGUCCUCGCUUGAGGGUCGAGCCACCCCGGCUGACCUGUACUACCAACCUGAGACAGUCAUCAAUGGUCAGGGUGUGUCUUACUUGGAGGGAAGCAGGCAUGGAAAAGAGACAGAACCAGUGUCACUACUUUAUGGCUCUUUCUCCUCCACUCAGGAGAGUCUGGGCAACACAGAGCUACCAUCCAGCAGUUAUGCCAGCCACAACGGAGGCAUCUGUCGCUCACAGUCCUUUGGAUCGACGCCCAACCCCGAACAGAAGCUCAUGCCCAAAGCUCCAGCACGUACCACCAGCAGCAGAGAUGCUGUGCAGCGGGGUCUUAACGUCUGGCAGCAGUUUGGUGUUCCAGAGGAACCGGUUGUAGAUGGGGUGCACUUCAGCCAUUCGAUCCACAGCCAGAGCCUGCCUGAAUUUCCUAAGGCUCCUUCUCAGAAUGAGAUUGAACAAUCCAUUGAGGCACUCAACCUGCUUAUGCAAGACUUGGAUCCAAGUCAUAUGCAAGUUCCCAAGUCCUACAGUGCACCUUCUGGUGAAGGCACUGUCAUCACAACCCAGCCAUCCUUCUCCCAGACACAGGCUCGACCUUCCUAUCAGGCUGAUACUGCCAUACAUUCAAUGACUGAAUACUCACAGCCCCAGCAAUAUACCUCACCUGUCCAAACAGCUCCAUCUACAGUGCAGUCUCAGCUUACAGAAGCUUUUGUUCAAAGUCCUCAGAUGUCAGCAGUUUCAAGCCAUCCCUCAGUUCCAGACCCCGCUGGUAUGAUCCACUCUUCUGGACCCCAACCUAACGUUAGCCUGGAGCUAAAGCCCCUUAACACUUAUCCACCCAGCGCAACCUCUCAAUUUUCUGAUCCUCCAGAGGCUAGCACACACCGUGCCACCUUCACGAGCUAUUCAACCUCCUCUCCACUGCUCUGUGAGGCUGAACAUGAGAACACACACCACAACCUUGAAGGGCUGGUGGCUCAGCGUGUGGCAGAGUACAUGGCUCGUAUCCAUGACCUCAAAGACAGAACAGCCACUUCCGAACCUGACAGCCGCCGCCGUUCUCUCUCCUUCUCUGGGGUACAAUCUCAUGAGGCAUCAAAGGAUGAAAGCACAGGACCAGGACGACACCGGACUACUAGCGAGGGACAAUCCCGUGACGAAAGCCCUACCCGAGUCCGCUCCCCCAUUCGAUGCAUUUCACCAGAACUGGCUAAUACCAUUGCUCAGAACCCAGGAGGCCGACCUAAGGAGGGACACAUGCACAGUUACAGGGAAGCAUUUGAAGAGAUGGAUGGGGGCCAAGUGAGCCCUCCAGCUACUGUGGGCGGUGAGGUCCUCCCCCAAACCCCUGCCUUCCCUGUCUCGCCACAAACCCCUUACUUCAACGUGUGCCGUUCUCCUCCAGGUUUGGCUAAAACACCAUUGUCCUUCCUGGGUCUGAAGCCACACAACCCAGCUGAGAUCCUUCUCAACCAGACAGGCUCAGAGCCCCGCAGCUAUGUGGCGUCUGUUGCUCGUUCAGCAUCAGUGACUGGGGGGCAGCCAUCCAGUCCUGUGUCUCCUACUGUUGAGAGUGGAAGUUUGACCAGAGGAGCUUCUCAUCCCUUUAACUCCCCACUGUCGUCUAGCAGUCCUGUACAAAGACCAGAGGGAGAGCAUACCUUGGUGGAUAGCAGAGUGGGCCUAAGCACACCAUCUGAUGGAGUGGGAGACUCUGGUUUCCGCUUAUUGCCCUCCCAGAGCACUUCACACACUCUUCCUGCAUCCUAUCCUUCCUACCAAAUACCUGGCAACGUUUCAGGCAGUUUUAUUACUCCUGAACUUAAUGCCUCCUCACCAGAACAUGUCCAGUUGAGCAUCAUUGGUAGCCAACUUAUGCCUAGCAAACCUGACACACAUCAACACAACAUAUUCACUGACACAUCACCCAUUCCUGCUCUCCAGCAAAGACUGCCAAAUCAUGAAGGUCCCAUUCUCAGCCACCAGCCUUCUCCAGCUAAUGGCUAUCAGCCUGGAGCAUUUGGCAGUGUAGUGCUUCCAAAGCAUGGCAUGAUUUCACAGGCGACACAAAGUAGCUCUAUGCCGAGUAGACAGAUUCCCAUUAGCCAGGGCACACAGAGCAGCCCCACCCUGAACAGGCAAGAUUUCCAAAGUGGGUACCAGUCAUCACAUGCCCAGCCUAUGAUUCUGCCCAACCAAAGUAGCCCAGUGCUGAACAGACAGAUGCCGGUAAGCCAAGUCACACAGAGCAGUCCCACUUUGAGCAGACAAGGUCUUCAAAGCCCUCCUGUUGGGUUUCAGCCUUCCCACACCCAGUCUGUCAUCCAGCACAGCCAGAUCAGUCCUGUGUUAAGCAGGCAGACAUCACUUACCCAUCCAGGCCAGAGUAGCCCUAUCCUGGGACGCCACCCCUCUGUGACUCAGGUGUCCCAUGGAAGCCCAAGCCUGGACAGGCACCCAAUGCACAGUGGGUACACCACUCCAGAUGAGAGACAUGGUGCCCUGUCACGCCAGAGCAGUUCAUCAGGCUACCAUCCACCCUCCACCCCAUCCUUCCCUGUCUCACCUGCUUCCUACUCUGAUAACUUCAGGCAGCCACAGCUGCCAGAGAAAAGGCGCAUGUCAAGCGGCGAGCGCCCAAAUGGUGUACUCUCCUACAACACCCUCAAUGGAAAGGUAUCACCACCCAUGUCCAGUGGAGGGAGCACUCCGAGUGUGCACUUCUUCAAUACACUUCCAGAUUUCUCCAAACUCAACAUGUGUGAUGGAAGUCCAGAAACCAGGUUGAAUGUAAAGUUUGUCCAAGAUACUUCCAAAUUUUGGUAUAAACCAGACAUCUCCAGAGAGCAAGCUAUUAAUAUUUUGAAGGAAAGGGAGCCAGGAGCCUUCAUCAUUCGAGACAGCCACUCCUUUAGGGGUGCCUAUGGUCUGGCCAUGAAAGUGGCCUCCCCACCUCCUACAGUGCAGCCACCUAAAAAAGGUGACAUCACCAAUGAGCUCGUUCGCCACUUCCUGAUAGAGACGAGCCCAAAAGGUGUGAAGCUAAAGGGAUGCCCCAAUGAGCCCUACUUUGGCUGCCUAUCUGCAUUAGUGUACCAGCACUCCAUUACUCCACUGGCUCUACCUUGCAAACUAGUAAUACCCACAAAAGAGCCCAAUGAGGAGAUAACAGAGGUUGCCACUCCAGUAAACCCAGCUACAGAAUUGCUCAAACAGGGUGCAGGGCAGAAGAGUCCUGUUGAUUCCAAUGCAUGCAACGUACUGUACAUAAAUUCAGUGGAUAUGGAGUCUUUGACUGGACCGCAGGCUAUCGCCAAGGCCAUCUCAGAGACCAUGGCAUCCAACCCUGGACCCACUGCCACUGUGGUCCACUUCAAGGUGUCAUCACAAGGCAUCACCUUAACGGACAACCAGAGGAAGCUUUUCUUCCGACGUCACUACCCCAUCAACACGGUCACGUUCUGUGACCUUGAUCCCCAAGAGAGGAAGUGGAAUAAACCAGAAGGUGGCACAGCAAAAUUUUUUGGUUUUGUGGCCAGGAAACAGGGAAGCACAACAGAUAACGUCAGUCACCUGUUUGCAGAGUUGGACCCCGACCAACCAGCUACCGCCAUCGUCAAUUUUGUCUCCAAAGUGAUGAUUGGCUCCCAAAAGCGAUGAGCUACUCUGAGAUAUUCUGCUUCCCCUCUGGAGGACUGAUUUCCCCUGCAUUUUCAUUCUGAUGUCUUCAAAUCUUUAAUUUUGUGUGUGUAUGUGUGUGUGUUGGCGAAUGCUCGGGUGAAUAUUGAAGCGUAAGUCCAGGGGUCAGUGUGAGAUUGCAUGUGUGUGUGCGUGUGUAUUAGAACGUGUAUUCGGAUGGAACAGGGAGUUGAGCUCAGAUGAGGACAGAGGAAGUGCAGUGAAGAGGAGGAGUCAUGUGGUGAGGGAAAGGAGAGAGGUGAAAUUCAUCUCUGUGCAGGGUUAACUUUAGGGAAGAGGGAUGUAUGUCAUAGAGUUUGCUUUUUUAAUAAAAAAAAAAGGGAAAAAGGAAAAAAAAGGUUGAUGAGACUGAUAUCAGGCUAUUGAAUUACAAUACCAAAGAUGAGACAGCUGUCAGGAUAAACAUGUAAUUAUUUGGAGGACUUUUUGUUUGUAAAAUAAGACUGCUUGUUCAGAGGAUAUUUCGUUCCUGUCUAUACAUAAAUAUCAAUAUUCUUUUGCUUUCUGUGAAAAUGACAUUUGUAUUCUCUUGUUAGAAAUCCAAAAUACGGUGCAUGUAAUCCCUUAUAUCCAGGCAUCACUGGCUCGCAUGGAGCAUGUUGGAUUAGGAACGGCUUAACAUAUACAUGGAAGAACAAACAUUUCACUAGCAAAAAAAAUAUGGGCCAGAUUCCACUUUUUCCACUUCUGAUAUCGGUCUCUCUUAAAAGUUUCUUUCUUUCUGUCUUUAGCAGUGUAGAACAAAAAGAAAGAUCAUGACAUCAGUCUAAUCACCUUUGUCUGUAGAUGUUGUGCUCACCAGUGUCCUCUCUCUCUCUCUCUCUCUUUCUCUCUCUCUCUCUCUCUCUCUCUGUGCUCGCGUCUGUUGUUUUCUGGUCACACUUUUACUCAUCGACUCUUUCUAACAUCAGAGCUGGUCUAUUUUCCUCUGAUAUAUUGACUUCACAUCAGUGCAGCAGUCAGAGUAGUGCACCCGGUAUUGCACCUGGGUCAGAUUUGGAUUUAUUAGUGCAUAAAACACACACACACAUUUACAUACACACCCUAAAGUAAGCUAAAUGUAUCAAAAAAAAAGUAUGUCUAAAAGUGACUUAAAGGAGUAUUUAUUAUUUUGCUACACUGAUUUAUGUUAAACUCAUACUUGCAUAUAUUGUAUAGUCUACACAAAGGUUACAAAAAUAGAAAAGAAAAGAAAAAAAAAAUAUUUUGGCUAAGAUAUCAAAAUCAGACGGUUUUGAGACAUAUUUAGUUAUGUAUGAUAUAAAAUGUAUGUAUUUGAAAACUUGUGUUUGGGCUAUUUUUUUCACUGCCUUGACUUCUUUUAUUUUAGGCUUUUAUUUAGGAGCUGACACUGUUUUUGUAGAGGGGAAAAGGAUGUACACGUUUUGCUAAAAAGCUGAGAUUGUAUGCUUUUUUUUAUGCUUCACAUAUACAUUGGAUUGUACACAAAGUGCAGGUGUUUUCCAUCAUAUAUAGAGAGUUCACUUGCUCUGCUAACAUCCUCCACUUAAAAUGUAUUUCUUUCCCCUAUCCUUCAAACGAUCCAAUAAAGAAAUGAGCGUAAAUCUUCUCCCUUACCACACUCCCUUACCCUUAUCUGAAAUCCACAGUGCCAUCAUGAGGCAUAGUUCAGUGUUGCAUCUUUUCUGAUUUCCUCACAUUUCCUCACACAUCCUCCUAAUUAUUUGGGGAAUUACUGCAGUGUUUUAACUGUAAUUAAGAAAAGAAAAAAAAAUAUCUUAAGUCAAACGGGUCUCGUGUUUCUUAUGCCAACCUUUACAUGAAAAUCCUACCAUUUCCAUUAUUACAGAGGUGUUUAAAGCAAAAAAAAUAACUGUUCUUUGAGUGUGUAAAUAUUUUAUUUUGCCAAAGAUUUAUCUCACUUUUGUAUGCCUUUUGUGUUUGAGUAUUGCUCACACUCCAGUUGACUGAUGUGCUGAAGUGUGGCUCGUUGUUUUUGGUGAGGAGGAGCUAUCACUCAGUACAGAGACUGGCUUUUGCAUGAAAAUGCAUUUGGCUGCCCAGGCCAUAUUCCUUUAGCCUUAAGAACUACUCCAGUAAUAAUGCAAAGCACUUAACAUUCACAAGCUGGUAGAAGAAAGAACAAGAAAACUAUUAAAUGUGUUGUAGAGAUCUUUGAAAGUCUUCCUUCAGCAUUCAGACAGUUUGAAUAGUAAAGUGCAUAUUAGAAAUCAUAUGCUUGUAUGCAUUGCUUGCCUUAUUACACAUUUCACUUGACCAGUAGGCAUAGAACUGUUCACUUACUAUUUAUUGUGUAGCUGACAAUAUGUUUCAAGAUUUUGAUCGUUAUAUCUUUAAAAAAAAUCUCCCUCUCCCAUAUUUCUGUGUUUAAGUCAACAGUGUUGCUUCUUUCUGUGUGCCCGGUUAUUAUAGCUCUUGGCCUAGAAUGUGUGAAUGUGCUACUAUUGCUGUACAGAACCAUGUGUUAUUUGCAUUAUAUUGUAUGGCUUAAUUGUUUUUGCAAGACAAAAAAAUACAUAUUAAAAAGCAACCUAACUCAGAUACAUUAAAGUACACUGUUACUUGGAA